CGCCGGAGGGGAGGGGGAGCAGCGCCGCCGCUGCUGCCGCUGCCGGAGGUGUUUUGCCGUUCUCAAGGCUGCGGCCUCCCUGAGGUGCCUCGAGGUCCUGCGUUGCCCCCGAGUGGCGGCGGCGGCGGGCAGAGGGGCGGCCGCGUCGCUCCGAAAAUGUCGCAGACAGCCAUGUCGGAGACGUACGAUUUCCUGUUUAAGUUUUUGGUAAUUGGAAAUGCAGGCACUGGCAAAUCCUGUUUGCUUCAUCAAUUUAUUGAGAAGAAAUUCAAAGAUGACUCAAAUCAUACUAUAGGAGUGGAGUUUGGUUCAAAGAUAAUAAAUGUUGGAGGCAAAUAUGUAAAACUACAAAUAUGGGAUACAGCUGGACAAGAGCGAUUCAGGUCUGUAACACGAAGCUACUACAGAGGUGCAGCGGGUGCCUUACUUGUUUAUGACAUCACCAGUCGAGAAACCUACAAUGCACUUACUAACUGGCUAACAGAUGCGAGGAUGCUAGCAAGUCAGAAUAUUGUUAUAAUACUGUGUGGGAACAAAAAGGAUCUUGAUGGAGAUCGGGAAGUCACUUUCUUGGAAGCAUCCAGGUUUGCUCAAGAAAAUGAACUUAUGUUCUUGGAAACAAGUGCAUUGACAGGGGAGAAUGUUGAAGAGGCCUUUGUACAGUGUGCCAGAAAAAUACUUAAUAAAAUUGAGUCAGGUGAACUGGAUCCGGAAAGGAUGGGCUCAGGUAUUCAGUAUGGAGAUGCUGCCCUGAGACAGCUGAGAUCUCCACGAAGAGCACAAGCUCAAAGUGUUCAAGAAUGUGGCUGUUAGGAACAGACAACCGAAACAUUCAUUUGAGCAAGGGAAGAGCUGUCCUUGAAAAUGACGAUUAAUGAAACAACUGCCAUGGCUUCAAGACUGCAGUUUUAAAACUGCUUUUUGAUUCAAUAAAGCAUACCACAUCUGGUAUUUUUUAAAAGUACUAUGAAAUGGCUUCCAGAAGCGUGCACUUGGCACAAGAUUGCAAAAAAUAAAAUUUGGUAAUUCAGUGGACAUGAGUAAAAUAUCAGUAUGUAAAAAAAAUUCUGUUGCAUAUUUUUGCUCAUUUCUUCCAGUUUAAGACAUUGCUGUAUCCUGUGUAUAUAAAAUGUGGUCAUUAAAUUUCCAAAGCAUGAUAUACUGACAUAUUGUUGCACUAACAUUUGUUUGUUUUAUUAAAUAAGAACUGAAAUGUAACUGGUAGGCUUUAUCAUGUUUGGUGGUUUGUUUGUUUUUAUUUUGUUUUUUGUACAACAGCUUUUAUUUAUGAUUUGAUAUUGAAAGCUACUGGCAUUGAUUGUCAGUGUUUUAUUUGCCAAUGCCACAUUCUACAAGGUAUAUGAUUUUUUUUUUGAAAAACAGGCCAUAAGUUUACUAAUACAGUACAUUGUGGGUUUUUUACUGAAGCAUAACUGAACUGUUUCCUGACAAUUCUUAAAUGUAUUUCAAUCACUUUGACAACUGUAGGCUAUACAAUUCAUUUGUGAUCUUAAGAGCUUACUGCUGUCUGAUCUUGCCUUGGGAAAUCCUUGUUUUCUACAUCUGAACUUGUAACUGAAAUUUUAUGUUUUGGGGAAAAGAUAAUGCCUACUUGUUUUGCCAUUCUAGAACAGUGUUUGAAGUUGUGAAUCAUCGUUAUCUGACUUUUUUUUUUAAUUAAAGUAAUUUCUAUACCUAA